CUGUGGGAGUUAAAUGUGCCACAUGCUACAGGAAGGAAUGCCUCUGUCUUCGUAGAAAAGUUGAAAAGCAAAUGAAAUAAGAGAGCAGGAGGAGGGGAAAAGACACGCAGUGGGAGGGAUCUCUGCCAAAGCUGCAGCGUGGCUGCUCGUCUAAAUGAAAGAACCUCUCACACACGUCUGUCUGCAGAGCUUAUUGAGGGAGCACAGCCAGAACAAACACAGGGAGAGUCUCAAGGUUACUUCAGUCUGGAAGUAAACAUUUUGCGGAAACCGAAGAGGGAACGUUUAUAUUUUUAAAUGCCUUUUAAAGGUGUUUCUGCAUAAACAAGAGGAAGAUUGGGCUUGACUGGACCACUUCUGCCUUCUUGAUCCAAAUAAUUCACUUCACGUGAAUCUGUUGUAUAUUUUAUUCAGUGUGCACGUAUGGCGCGGUCAGCAGCACGCAUUAGCAUGAUCCGUGGGUCAAUGAUGUAACUCAUCCUGAGCAUUCUGGAGGUCUCUGGUCAACUCGCAGGCAGGUCCUGCGGGGAUUUACUCCAAAGCAACUUUGGUAAUACAUCUGAGCCAAGGGUAAAAUCACCCUGAAUCAAUAACAGUCACUUUGCACCAUGACUCUAUGGAGCAGAGUUUUGCUCAUCCAUCACAUCCUGCAGAAAACAUUUCUCCUUGAUCCACUGCUCCCAUUCCUGCUCUUGAUCAUCCAGGCCAGAUGGGGGUGCUGUCACCCUCAGUGUUUGGAUUACAAACCUCCCUUUGAGCCUCAGCAUCCAUUGGUCUUCUGCAAAGAGUACACCAAGUUUGGAUGCUGUGAUCUCCAGAAGGAUGAAGAGAUAUCGAGCAGGUUUUACUCGAUCAUGGACAACUUUGACCAGUCGGGGUUCUCAACUUGUGGCAAAUACAUCCGCAGCAUCCUCUGUCAGGAGUGUUCCCCAUAUGCCGCCCACCUGUAUGAUGCGGAGGAUGCCAACACACCUAUGCGAGUCCUGCCAGGACUUUGCAGGGAUUAUUGCUCUGAUUACUGGCGACAGUGUCGAUACACACUCAGCCUCCUACUGGAGGACCAGAAGAGCUCACAGCAGUUUGCUAACUUGACUGUCACAAUAGAGGACGAUCACAAGAGGUUCUGUGACUUUUUAGAGCUGAAAGACAAGCAGUACUGCUACCCUAAUGUCUUGACAAAUGCAGAACUAAAUGCAAACCUGGGUUUGGUACGUGAGGAUCCUAAAGGCUGUCUGGAGUUGUGUUUGCAGGAGGUUGCUAACGGUCUCCGCAACCCCGUGGCCAUGAUCCAUGCAGAUGAUGGAAGCCAUCGCUUCUUUGUUGCAGAGCAGCUGGGUUAUGUUUGGGUUUAUUUGGCUAACGGCUCCAGGAUUGACCGUCCUUUUCUGAACCUCACACAAGCUGUGCUCACAUCGCCGUGGACUGGAGAUGAGAGGGGAUUCCUCUGCAUUGCCCUGCACCCAAGGUUUGCCACAGUCAGAAAAGCUUAUGUGUACUACUCGGUGUCAGUCAAGAUGGAGGAAAGAAUACGGGUCAGCGAGUUCAUGCUCUCAGCUCAUGAUGAUAACCAGCUAGACCAUUCAUCUGAGAGGACCAUUCUGGAAGUGGUAGAGCCAGCAUCCAACCAUAAUGGAGGACAACUGCUCUUUGGUCAUGAUGGAUAUCUGUACAUCUUCAUAGGCGAUGGUGGACGAGCUGGAGACCCAUUUGGAAAGUUUGGCAAUUCACAAAACAAGUCUACUCUUCUCGGUAAAGCUCUGCGUAUUGAUGUGGACAACAAUGAUGACGGUGCUCCGUACAGCAUUCCCUCUGACAACCCAUUCAUAGGAGAACCAGAAGCACUACCCGAGAUAUAUGCUUAUGGGGUCCGCAACAUGUGGCGUUGCUCCAUUGACCGCGGUGACCUAGUUACAGGCGCCGGCAGAGGCAGGAUGUUCUGUGGUGAUGUUGGCCAGAACAAAUAUGAAGAGAUAGACAUCAUUAUUAAAGGAGGAAACUACGGCUGGAGGGCCAAAGAAGGCUUUAGUUGCUACGAUAAGAAUCUGUGUCAAAAUUCAUCUCUAGAUGAUGUCCUGCCGAUAUUUGACUACCCCCACAAGCUGGGCAAAUCGGUGACAGGAGGAUACAUCUACAGAGGCUGCCAGAUGCCCAAUCUUAAUGGACUUUACAUUUUUGGGGAUUUCAUGAGUGGGCGUUUGAUGUCCCUGAAGGAGAACGCAGCGACAGGUGAAUGGGUGUACAAUGAGAUCUGUAUGGGCACAGACCAGACCUGCAGGUUUCCCAAACUCAUCAACAGUUAUCACAGAUACAUCAUCUCAUUUGCUGAGGAUGAAGCAGGUGAAUUAUAUUUCUUAUCCACUGGAGUCCCGAGUGCCAAAGCCAAAUCAGGAGUCAUUUAUAAGAUUAUCGAUCCGUCCAGACGAGCGCCACCAGGAAAAUGCAGCAUCAAGCCUCUUCCUAUUAGAGUAAAGGGAAAACUCAUUCACUUCCAACCUCAAGAGGAGUUUGUCAUCAACAAGAAACCGACCACAACCCCCAUUCCCACAACCACCACAGCAAAAACUUCAACAAUGAAAAAAACCACUCUAAGAAAACCAAUAAUAAUCAGAAAACCACCAAUUCCAACAAGGCUGCCAAGAAAAGGGCCUCCUCCAACAACAGCAGCAAGAAAAGCUACAACACCUGAGACAAAUUUACCUGUUAAGGCAACUAGAAAAGCUACAUCAGCCACAACAACCAUCCAGACGGGCCUGGCUAAUCCAGCUACAACUGCAUCAACUGGUUAUCGUGCAACGCUCAUGACUGCAGCCUUCUCUAGGACCACUCAAACCUCAAGUGUCACCACACCUUCAUCUAAUAGAAACGGGAGACCUCUUCAGUACCCGACUGGUACCACCACCCAACCUUUGAACCCCCUCCCCACUCAGUCCACGUCUCUGAAGCGGCCCCAGACUGCUACUAUCUCUACACCCCACCACAAACCUCCAAGAGCUUUAACAACAGCAACGACACCAUAUUCAAACGAGAAGUUCCAGAAAACACCAAACAGCACCAAUACGCCAAAAAUGCUGCCUGAAAAGAAAGUUGAAAAUGUCAGAGAAGGUAACCAUGUGACCAAGAAGCCCAGAGGAAGAGGAAGAGGAAGAGGAGGGAGACGGCUGCCAGCUGGCUCAGUGCGGCUCAUAAGCGCUGAUGGUUUUUUGGAUCGAGGCAGGGUGGAGAUCUUUAUCCGUGGGGAGUGGGGAACGGUAUGUGAUGACCUUUUCACCAACAGAGCUGGCACGGUAGUUUGUCGACAGCUCGGCUUCAGGACCGCGCUGGCCGUGAUGAAGAAGGCGGCUCUGGGAGCGGCCGACGGCAGAGUCAAGAUCCUGCUGGAUGAUGUGGAAUGCGAGGGUGGUGAGAGGUCCCUGCUGCACUGUAAGAGGUCAAAGGUGGGGAAACACAACUGUACACACAAGGAAGAUGUUGGAGUGAUCUGUGGUUAGUGAAGAUGAUGUGGAAUUAGAAUUUCUAUAAUUUUAGUUUUUCUUGGUUGGUUUUCAUCCUGAAUUUUCCUUUCUUGUUUUCAAAAUCCAUUUUGCAAGGGGCUCAUAUCAUCACAUGUCUUACAUGACCUGGAUUUUUCUUUCAAAUGCUACUUUUGGACCCGAUUGUAAAAGUUGGAAUAUAUUUUAAAAUAUUUUAUAAAUCUUUAUUAAGACAAUCCACAAACCUGUGAGUAAGCUUGUAAUAAAAAUUUGUUAUCAGUUCAACAGAUUUUUUAAGUAAUGUAUUAAAUAAAGUUUGAAUGCUUUUGAAUGUAGUUUUAAGUUGACCCUUAACUUGAAAAUGCUGGACAUUUUGUACAAUGAAUGAACUAAACUGUUUGUAACGUACCAAAAGGGUCAAUUUUCACCUAUGUAUUGAUAAACUUAGUGACCUUUCAUCUACAGCACAAAUCACUUUCUAUUUGGCCUUCUAAAUCCAGAAGGUUCUGCUCAGCGUGUGUUGACAUUCCAUGAAGACAAAACAUUGAAAUAGACCCUCUGUGCCAAGGUCCUACUCUCUCUGCUUGGAAGCCAGACAACAUUCUUCACUCUGAAUAACUGAAGACUCCAUGAUUUUACAGUUAUAAGUUAAAUAAUCCUAUGUGAUUAUUGAACAAGAUGUUUAAAUCAAAUGUUUGAAUA